AUGUCUUCGAAUUCUGCAAAUCCUGCAGAAGACCCCUCAUCGUCAUCGAACAUCACACAGAGUCCCUUACGACCAUUCGUACCACCUAUAAAUGGUACGCCAACUUCUAUAGGUAAAGCGAGGGCACUCAGAGCUCGGCCAUCCGAGUCCGGUUCUUUACCUCUAGCUCUACCUUCACCCAAAACACCUCUACCCACUCCUGUCAGCGUACGUGCGCCCACACCCAAGGAAUUCAAUCAGAUAUCUCGAAGGCUGGGGGAUGAAAAUAUCCGCGAGAAAAGGGAAGAACUGCUGGUGGAGAAGGAGAAGCAAUUGAAAAUUUUGUUGGACGGUCAUGAUGAUGCGAUUAGAGAACAGUUCCACCUCGAGAGAUUUGUGACGAUGAUCACGGGAUGGGAUCCUAAGGCGGCUAAAGUGGACAAUUCACCCGUAUUUCUUGAAUGGAAGGAACAACGACAUAAUCUACUUUCUCUACUUCCCCCUUCCGCUUCUUUACCAUCUGGAUCAGCCUCUGCUGGGCCUUCAAGGCAUCCUUCAUCCGUGCCUGCUCGUACCACCCGUCGACAGGCUCACGAACAAUCUGAAAUCCUUACUCAAGUCGUCACACCAGCCGCUCUACCUAUGGUCCGUCAGAUAUCCCCAACAAAGUUCGUACUCAAGGUGAAUGGAGCCUCAUCUUCCUCAGCGACUGUAAGCGAAAAAGCCAAAGGCAAGAGGAGGGCAAGUGACGUGUUGAUAGAGGAGGUGCAGGUAGCGGAAGAAACGCCAUUGAAGGGUAAAGGAGGUAGAAAAUCUAGACAGUCGGUAAGCACGGCGGAAAUGCCACCACCCCCAUUACCAACUCAGGCGCAGAAAGGCAAAUCUUCACGUCGGACAACUAUGGGUGGUUCUGCUGAGGCAGUCGCCGCUGAGGUCGAAGUGAAAGAGGAGAUACAAGAUCCUGGAGGUGGAGGUGGUAAAGGGAAGAAACGAUCCCGACAAUCGUUACCUAAUCUCCCAGCUGCAAAGAAAACCCGCCAAGCUCAAUUUUCAGCAGAGGAACAGGUGGCUAGCCCCUCACCUGUCAUAGAGAUAUCCACCCCUCGAGAGCCCUCACCCCCACCUGCUCCUACGCCUGCACCUCUACCUUCUUUAGCUCAUUUACCAUUUCCUCCUCCACCCAAACGACCUAUUGAGCGACUCAGGGGUCCUAGGGCUAUCCAAUACACCGAUCCCUCCCAGAAACCUCCAUCAUCUCCCCAGCAUGAUGGUCACAUAUCGCCUAUAUUGGAAUCGUAUAUACACUUGGAAGAUAGUGGACCAAUGCUGGACUUCAAAACGCUGGAGAGUCGAGCAGCCAAAGAUGGAUAUUUCAGAGCUAGAGUGAUGUACUUACAGUCUCACGGGCGAUUACAAAGAUUACUAGACGAAGCUGAAGAUGACCAAGUGUCAUUAAUCGGAUCUAAGAAUACAAGUUCGAAUAGAUCGCAAUCUAGUAAACUACCACCUAGGAAGACGGACUAUCAAGAUUCGCUUAUGGCUCACAUGGUACAGGUGAGAAAUGCGAUGUUGAACGAGGCGAAGAUGAAGCCUGUAGUAUGUAAGAGGAUAGCGAGGAUGAUACAGAUCUAUUGGGAGAGGAUAGAAGGUAGGGAAGAGAGGGAACGACUCGCAGAGGAGAAAGAGAAGAAGAGACUGGGUAAAGAGUUGAUCAAAGGGUUGCGGAAAAGGUGGGCUUUGGCUGUCAAAAUCGUUCGAGCGAAACUGUUGGAAAUCCAGAAAAUCGAACAGGAUCGUCUGGGAAAAGAACAUCUCCAGAACAUCUUACAGCGCAGUACCGGUCUGCUAGAGGCUCAAGUCACUGGAACAGAGCUGGAUGGAGAUGGAGAUGAGGAUAGUGAUGAUGAUGUAUCAGAUGCUACUGAAGAUGUUUCGGCAGCGGAAGAUAGUGACGAGGGUGAAGGUCUGACGGAAGGGGAAGAGGGUUUACCGAUUGAAUCGUCCCUGCCCCCAGAGACUCCUCUUGAGGAUGAGGGAGAAGAACUGGAAAGUGAAGAAGAUGAGAAUGAGGAUGUGAGUGAAGACGAUGGUGAUGGAAUUCAGCCAGAUUUGCGGAAUCUGCUUGGACAAGAUGAAGAAGUGGAUUUCAAUGGUCAGGAGGAACCCACUGUAAAUCGGGAUGAAACGAUCAGUGAAAAGGGGGAGGAUUCUGUCAACGAAAAUGAUCAGGUAUCACCCCAUUCAGACAAGACUUCACAUCUCGACAUCAAUACGAUUAGCAAUGGAGCACAUUCAUCUCCUUCGCGGAUCCCUUCAUCUUCCCCAGACCCUCUAGAUCUCCUCACUCCCCAUACACCCACCCUACCUGAAGUCAACGGUCACUAUUCCCCUCAAAACAGUUCCACCACUAUAUCCCGAUCUCGUCGAGAAAGAAAAAUCAAACCGCCAAUACCUCUUCCCAGCGGGGACGACCCUGAUGCUAAUGAUACUGAAUUUACCGCGGCAAAUACGUCUGAUGUGGAUGAUCAAGAUGCAGAGUUGGACGUGGAAAUGGAAGACCAGGAUGAAGGCCAAGAGAGAGAUAGCGAGGAUGACGGGUUGCUGCAGGAUGCUGAUGUACCCAUCGAGGAGCUGUUGAAGAGGUAUGGAUAUCCUGUGCCCGGCGAGCAAGAUGUAGAAGUGGAUGAUAAUGAUGAUCAUCUUCCGAAUGGUCAAGCUAUGAGGAUCGACCGAGGUAUAACGCAGAACAAGACAAAGGAAGACCAGGAGCAAUCGGCAAAGGUCAAUGGCAACCGAGCUGAUGGCGAAGAACAAUUGGGCGAACCUGUAGCAACAACGACCGAAGUUCAUGUCAGCACUCUCGCAAAUGCUCACUCCUCCCAAGAGGUUGCUACCGAUAAAUCUCUUCUCGACGAUCGAUUACCAGAGACACCCACAUCGCCUCAACUGAUCAUUGAAGGCAAACGUCAAAGAAGGGUACGAUCAGUGUGGUCACCCGAUGAGAAAACGCCGCAGCAUCUUUCUUCCAAUCGACGUCCGAAGAUUGAAGUGGUGGGAGAUCAGGAGCAGGAGUCCAGUCCCGAACCUACUUCCUCUGAAGAGGAAGAGGAGUCGUCUGAUGAUGAAGAAGAGAAUGAAGAAGAAGGGGGUAAAAGUAUGGAGGUGGAUGAAGAAGGACCAAGAGUCAGACAACCCUUCUUACUUCGAGGUACACUUCGACCAUAUCAGCAAGCUGGUCUGGAAUGGUUAGCCAGUCUCUGGGAGAAUGGUAUGAAUGGGAUAUUGGCGGAUGAAAUGGGUCUCGGUAAAACCAUUCAAACUAUUUCCUUACUCGGUCAUCUAGCCUGUGACAAAGGAAUUUGGGGUCAACAUCUCAUCAUCGUGCCCACUUCCGUCAUACUGAAUUGGGAAAUGGAAUUCAAGAAAUUCUUACCUGGCUUCAAGGUCUUGACAUACUAUGGAAAUCAGAAAGAACGAAAGGAGAAAAGGGUAGGAUGGCUCAGCGAGACCUCUUGGCAAGUCUGUAUAACAUCCUAUCAGAUCGUUCUGGCAGAUCAACAUAUUUUCCGAAGAAAGAAUUGGUCUUACCUCAUAUUGGACGAAGCGCACAACAUCAAGAACUUCAGAUCACAACGGUGGCAGACUUUGUUAGGCUUCAAGGCUUCCCGAAGACUCCUUUUGACGGGUACACCUCUUCAAAACAAUUUGAUGGAGCUGUGGAGCUUGUUAUACUUUCUCAUGCCUGGGGGUAUUGGUGCGGACGCCACUGCUGUGGUGGGAUUCGCGAAUCAUAAGGAGUUCAUGGAAUGGUUCUCAAAUCCCAUGGACAAGGCGAUUGAAACUGGCGAUGCGAUGGACGAGGAAACAUUGGCCACUGUCUCGAAGCUUCACACACUCCUACGACCUUUCAUUCUACGUCGAUUGAAAUCGGAAGUGGAAACGCAACUACCUGGGAAGUUCGAACAUGUCGUAUAUUGUAAAUUGUCGAAACGACAGAGAUUCCUCUACGAUGAGUUUAUGUCUCGAUCAUCUACCAAAGAAGCUUUGACGUCCGGUGGAUAUCUCGGAGUGAUGAAUACUCUGAUGCAACUCAGGAAGGUGUGUAAUCACCCUGAUUUAUUCGAAGUUAGACCUGUUAGAACUAGUUUCGCUAUGGACAGCGUGGCAAGGGAUUUUGAACCCCAGGAAAUUCUCGUCAGACAACGCCUUCUUGCUCAAGAAGAUGAUAGCAAGGUGGAUAUUGUCUCGCUAUGCCUCGGCAUCACGGCGAAUGAGCAAGAAUCUGGUUGGGUAUGUCGAUCGAGACAAGCGCUCGAUGCAAGUAAUAAACUGCCUCAUGCUAUUGAACCUGUCAUCACGCGACGUGGGAGACUGCCUGCUGGACCAAAGAAAGAUACUAGGACUGUUGAAGGAUGGCUGAAAUACCAAGAAUGGGCGCAAGAACAAGCUAGUAUCCUUCGUUGGAGAUCUUUACGAGAUGUCAACAGGAGAAGAUGUUCACCCCAACCGAUAUACGGCUCAACUUUCUUGAACAUACUUGGUUAUACACCCAACUACCUUUUACCUCUCACCUCGACACCGAGAAAAGAUGAAAUGUUCGCUGAAUAUCGACCUCCCGCAAGUGUCCUGAUUUCAUCCCUCCCGGACCGAGCGAAGACUUUGGAACCGAUAAUCGACCUGUUCACUGUGAUCCCACCCAAUGUCGUAGCUAGAAAUAUGUCCAAAUAUGCUCUACCAAAUCUGACACCUUGGUCUCACCCACUAUUGAAGGAGGAAUCGUUCGAUACACUCCAUCGAUCCACCGUGAAAUUGCAAAUCGCCUUCCCCGAUUCAAGUCUACUCCAAUACGAUUGUGGUAAAUUGCAAACCCUGUAUACGAUGUUAAGGGAUCUCAAAGCUGGUGGUCAUAGAGUGCUAAUCUUCACUCAAAUGACUCGAGUAUUAGAUAUACUUGAAAUCUUCUUAUCGUACAAUGGACAUCGAUAUCUGCGAUUAGACGGUUCGACCAAAAUCGAGGAUCGGCAAGUGAUAACUGAACGUUUCAACUCUGAUCCUAGGUAUUUCGUUUUUAUAGCUAGUAGUCGAUCUGGUGGAGUCGGUAUCAAUUUGACUGGAGCGGACACGGUCUUUUUCUACGAUUCCGAUUGGAACCCUUCGAUGGAUCGACAAUGUAUGGAUCGAGCGCACCGAAUCGGUCAAACGAGAGAAGUGCAUAUCUACAGAUUCGUCAGUUCCCAUACGGUCGAGGAGAAUAUGUUGAAAAAGGCUGAACAGAAGAGAUUACUGGAUAAGAUGGUCAUUCAACAGGGGGAAUUCAACAACGAUUGGUGGGGAAGAGUAGGUUGGAAAGACAUGUUUGGAGAUGUAAAUGAACAAGAGGUGAAAGAGGGGAAGGGAGGGGAAGAUGGAGUGAUAGAUGUUGAUGUGGAAGGUACACCUACUGCAGAGGAGAUAACCAAAUUGAAACCUAGGGCGGGACAAGAGAGGGAAUUAGCCAGAGUACUGGCUCAAGUGGAAGAUGAAGAGGAUGUGGCCGCCGCGAAGAUCGCUCAGAAUGAAAAUGAGUUGGAUUUCCAAGAAUUCGAUGAAAUGCCCUCGACCGGUGAGGGCGCCAAGAGGCAUCAGCCCCAAAAGGUAUCCUUUGAUGUUGAAGGAUCGAACACCCCGAUUACUCCCCAGACACCUGCUUUCGGACAGGAUGGAGAGGAAGAAGGCGAAGUGGAAGGAGAAUAUGAGGAUGAUGGGAUAGGUGCGAUUGACGAGUAUAUGUUGAAGUGGGUCGAAGAGGAUUGGAUGACUUACUUUAUAGGAUUUAGGGCGUAA